AUGCACCUUCGUUUUCCUUACGGCCUCUCUACCCUUAGUUUCUCCACCCUUAGUUCCUCUCUCCCCUUUCUGACCUCUCACUAUCUACCUCCCACCCCUACCUCUGGCGCAUUUCCCCAGGACCAUGGGAGCGUCGACCAGAUUUCUCUAGAAAGAUCGUUGAUGGAUGGAGGCUGUGAGGAGCAGAUGGAAUCCUCCAAGCCAAGAGACACUCUCAGCCCUCCACCCGUCUUAGAGCUGUUUCAGGAGGCAGGCCCCAGGGAUCCUUUAGAGGAACUGGAAGACCAGGAAGGAGGCCGCCCAUCUUCGGCAGGGUCCAGGAACAUGAGCCUCCAACAGCCGUCAGCAUCUGUGGAGAAAGUGGUGGUGACAGUUCCCUCUGGGAGCCCCCAUUCUUCUCCGGAGCAGUCCCUGGCAGCCAGCUCCCAGGAAUCGGCAGAGAGCACACGGCCCCUCAGCUCCCGGUUCUCACUAGAGGACUUCUAUUACCCGCCCUCUGCUGAGGACCUAAGUGAGCAGGUGUUCAAGAAGGGCGAGAAGCCCCACGCUGCCUUGGACCCCAUCAUACUCGGCCCCUCCGAGUCCUUCCAGCAGCCUUGGUUCAUGGGCUCACAGCUGAGGACACUUCCCCGUAGGCCGGGCCGCAAGCCCUCGGUGCUGCCGAGCCAAUGGGUACGCCCAGAAGUUGAGGUUGUGGAUGCAGACGCUGAGGUACGCCCCCUGGAAGUCUACCGCAGGCCCCCCCAGGUCAAGAAGACAGAGGCCCUGGCCAGAUGCCAAGCUGAUGACUCCAGUUGCCGAGCUUUCUGCCCUCUCCCUCACAGCGGUCCUUUCCCUACUUUGCGCCCCUGCUCCCAACUUCCCCCUUUAAGCGUAGGCCCAUCAUCACCUGGCUCCCAGUCACAGGGGCUCUUACCGGGCCCAGAGAGCCGCUUUCCGGAAAGGCACCUGAAGGUCUCCCAAAUGGCCUGCAGCCGCAGCCCCAGCCCCUGCACAUGGCCAGGUGCACAGUGGCCGAGGGGCUGGGAGAGGGAGGCGGUGUUGCUGGAAGAGCUGUGGGCCGGCCGCAGCCGCGUACCUCCGCAGGGCCGGCGGGACCAGGAGGGCCAGGAUCCUCACAGGUGGUCUUAUCUUGAACCCCAAAUCCUCAAGGCCACGUCCCAGGUGAUGUGGCAGCCAGUGUUGCUGCCGGAAGCCUUGAAGCUGGCUCCCGGUGUGAGCAUGUGGAACCCAAGCACACAGGUGCUGCUCAGGUCUGGCGCACCCCGGCAGGAGGCCAAAAAAGGCUGCACCUCUCCUCCCAUUGAGUUGCAACCCAUCCAGACAGAAGCCCAGGUGACCAGGGCACAGCUAAUGAGGAACUCAACCUCCAAAGUGUGUUCGCUCCCCUCCAAGAUCCUGCCCCAUUCUGAGCCCUGAACCUCAGCCAGCGGGAAUCCUACCUUCCUUCCGUCUGCUUGCCAAAAAUAAACACCUGAGUUG